AUGGAUUCAUCACUCAAAGACCUCAAUAGGACAUUCUCCUCAAUUCAAAAUGAUUGGCCAGAAGUGCUGACCCAGAGUUGUAAUCCACUUGAGAUUGCAUUAAAGCUUCUUGAUGAGUCAUCGGUUGGAGAAGCGCAUAAAUAUACCACAUUUAUACAGCAAAAGAAGCAGUUUUCAAAUACCCUAAAGAAAGCGGUGAACAAGCAUUAUAUGGCAUUUAACGAUAGCAUCGGCUCAUAUGGAAUCGCCGUAGAGAAUCUCUCUGAAUCACAGAGCAUCUUAGGCGAUAUUAAGAAGAAUUUACAGGAUGUUGACUCUUUUGCAACUCACAGAGCAACUUUUCUAGUUGAACUUAGUAAGAAGCAAAGGCAGUAUACUAAAACCAUAGAAGUCCUAGAUAACAUUUCCAAAGUGAAAAAAAGCAUCAGCAAGAUUGACACCAGUAUAAGCAACAGAGAUUUUGAUACCGCUGAGCAGUUAAUCCUUGAAUGUUCUACCCUCGCCGAUCAAUAUGGAAUUUUCCAGCUUCCCGCGCUAUCGGACACGUUUCAAGAUCUUCGAAUGCAGCAGCAGCGAUUAUUCGACUGCCUCGUUGACCAAAUAAGCGACCUCAUUUAUCUUAAAGGUCAUGACAAUCUUACAUCAUCGAAUUUGGCUUUGUUUUCACUUGCGAGCGCAGACAUUCAGGACGUUUCACAUGCAAUUGUUCGACCAUUGACCGAUUUCUUGGCCGAACUUAGUGCAGAUGAUAAAAAGCAAACAGGAAAUGAGCUUGAUGAUAAAAACUCACCACAGAGUAAUCUUAAGAUUUUCUCGGGCCUGCAGAAAAGCUUCGAGUUACUUGCAAGAAUAAAAAAGGUUCCGGAUGCACUCUCGGUUUUGGUUAAUAGGUGGGGAACUGAGAUUAGGAGAAUAAUUAGAAGCACGAACGAGGAAGUGCAUGAGAAAUAUCCAAGCCAAUUCCAAUUCUCUUCGAAAUCUUCAGGUAAUGGCAAUGGUGCGGAUUCUAUAUUCGGUGCAAGUGAUAUUCUUGAUCCAAACUUCCCAACCUUUCAAAGUGUGAAUUCUCCAAUUGUCUCGGAGUUUUUCACGAAAUUGCUCUACAAGUUUGUUCGUGUUCUACAGCAUCAAAGGGCAGUGUGUGCACUUGCCGAAAAAUAUGAAUGUUCGUACGAUUCGCUUGCUGUCUGGAACGAGCUUCAAAAACAGCUUGAAUCAGUCCUGUACCGUUACAUUGUGGAUGAAAAGUUGUUCGAAAAGUUGGAUAAGCAGCGUGGAUAUGGUAGAGACUCAUCGAAUCCUUUCCUAAAGCCAUCCAUAGAUCCUAAUGGCGAUGAUGGUGCACCAAUUGUUCAAUUUGCGCGCUUUAGUAUUUCGAACAGUUCUUUAGAGGUUAAAAGUAUGGAGCAACUUCAUUCUGUUUUAAAAGAAAUGUUCCCUGAAAAGUAUACAGGUGAAUCCGACUCUAUUGAUCAGGGAUCGUUAUUCAUUGAUGAUGAUAGCGACGGAUUUUUCCGCUCUAAGGAUAAUUUGCUCGUUCCGGCCAAUAUAUUUAACAUGGGGUCAAUUGUUGACAGCUUCUUGUUGUUUGUUGUCUGCUCUUCGUUAAUACUACCUUCUGAAAGUAAAUCCCUCCCUACAACUUUCUUUGAGCGCUUUAUGAAUUAUGUGUUUAGAGCACAAUUAGAGAGUAUCUUACUGUAUCAAGUGGAAAGGCACUGGAAGCAAAAGAGCGGCGAUCCUGUUGCAAUCAAGAAAUUUUUCUUCAGUCUAAUGAGUAUUUUAGAUACCUCCCUUUACUGCAGAGAGCCCUAUGUGAGUGUGGUCCUAAAAGCUCUCGAAAAGGUUGUUAGUCUAUACCAAGCCCAGAUCAAUGAGACGAUUCCUCCAGAGUUCUUGAGAAAGGUCAAAACAAGACUUAUUGCAAAGUGGCUGGGAGAUUCAGAGCUUGUUAAAUCGUCAUCGAAUUUAAUGGAAGCUAAUUCAGAAACUGAUAUUGAGACUUUUGGUAUUGAAGAACUCAAAUUGACCAUGAAAGAGAGAGAUAACUUUACAUCACUAAUUAUGGAGCAUGAUUUCUUAGAUGCCAGUCAUCUUAAAUCACUUGUCAGCAUUCUUUAUGGAAUUUUAGAAACUAUGAGCUGGCUUCCAGAGUGCCGAAGGGACGUUGGUGAUGCUGAUGAUGAUUCUGGCUCUGACUCCUUAAAACAGCAAUGGUAUAUUCUGGGCAAUAGUUCAGUUGGUGGGGCAGUUAACGGGAGAGACUUUGAACUUUCAUUGGCGCAUCCUUAUAUUGCACUAAAGGGCAAGUUGAUAAAUCGCUUUGAUACGAUUCUUGACGGUUUUAAUGGUAUGGCUUUAAGAAUCAAACUCCUCAUCAAGUAUGAUUCGAGAAUAAAGGCGAUUUGGUACGUAAAUCGGAUGUUGAAGCAGGAUUUCUGGGCUCCUGAAACACAAAGUGAGGAAAUUGAGCCAAAUGUCCUAGAUCUGAACCAUUUUAUUACAGAGUUGAACAGUAUUUUGCAAAGCAUGAUUCCCGAUACGGACAGGUGUCAAAUAUUUUCAAUGCUUCCUUUAUUGCUGGAUUAUCUUCUAGUUUACGAAUCGAGAAGCACCCCAGAAUUUAAUUCGAAUGGAGUCCAUAAAAUGUUGAUAAACAUACGGGUCCUUCAGCAAGCGCUCAGAAAUGUUAUAGAUCCAAAGGAUGUAAAUUUCAGCAGAUGCAACAACUAUUUUGAGUUGGUGGACUACGGUAAAGAUGAAAUAGUAGAAGCAAUUACAAAAUAUCAUGCGUCUCUGAAUUUCUCUACCGAGGAUUACAAAAAUCUUGUCAGAUUGGCGUACAGCCAGUCAGGAGAUAAGAAAAGCUACAUUCAAGCCGUCAGCAAAGUCCGUAAGAUUAUCAAAUAA